AUGGUGAACGUUUACCCUGAGAAGCCAUUUCAUUUUUCUCGUACAAGAAGAACAGAAUUAAACAAAAUUGAAUCAUUCAUCUCUUCCAUGCCUGAUGAUGAAAAUGUUGUUAGAACUGUUUAUCUGACAGGUCAACCUGGAUCUGGGAAAACAGAGUUAGCUCGACAAUAUGGUGAACAGUUUGAAAAUGCGUCAUCUGCCAGUGAUACCUCAAAACAUUUGGUGAUUACAUUGAACGCCAACUCAGAAGACUCGCUCAUGAAGUCUGUUAAAGAAGCUGCGCGAAAAUUACGAUUGCCAGUAUGUAUGGAGCUAACAAACAAAAAUCUUGAAGAACUGAUGGAAAACCUGAGAGAUUAUUUCCGUGAUUACAGUGGUGCUUGGCUUCUUAUUAUUGAUGACAUGUUUGGAAAGAAUGACUUCAAUAAGUUAUUUCCACGACCUGGUGUCAAAGACUGGGGUGGUGGUCAGGUCCUGGUUACAACACAAGAUAAUAAUCUCGUACCAGCUGGUCAUCUGUUUGCAAAGCCAAUCUCCUUGAACGAAGGCAUGACCAAAGAAGAUGCUCUUGCAUUGCUGAAGGAGAUCAGUGAUGUUGAAGUUGAUGAUUUUGCUGAAGAAAUCAUUAAAGAGUUGCAGUCUCUUCCUCUUGCUUUGGCGUGUUGUGCAACAUAUGUUGGGGAAACAAGACAAGAUCGUGCUUCAACACAGUUUGGAUGGAAAGAAUUUCUAAACCUGUAUCGUGAAAAUGCCAAACUUGAAUCCAGAUCAUUUUUCAAUAACAACGUAUAUCCGUUAUCCAUGAAAGCUGCUACUGCGAUGGCUGUGAAGCGAAUGGCAGAAACAAGUGAUGUUCUACGACUAACAUUUUCGUUUCUUUCAUAUUGUGAAUUGCUUCCAGUUCCUUUGAUUGUACUAGCACACCACGUCAUGGAAAAUCUACCAGUCCAGAAUGAUAAACGGCCAACAACAAAGGAAGAAAUUAAAAACGAGAUUUCAAGGUGUACGUUACUCGUUCACGGACGGUUACAGAACGUCGAAACAAUACAAUGUCAUCAGGUCAUUCACAAUGCUUUUGAAAGUGCAGGAAACGAGAAACCUGAAUUUGUUAAAAUGAUGAAAUCCCUGAAUGAGUCGUUAGAUUUCAUGGUCAAUACGCAUAAAGAAGACGUACUUUUUAAAGUUCUUGUGAGACCACACUUGAAAUCGUUUGUUGAUCAUGCCAAUGAUAUGUCCUGGAAUGAUACAGCUGAAUUUCUCCUGAUUUCCAUGAAAGAUGGUCAGUUUCUUUUUUCAACAUCGAACAUGCCCGAUGAAAGCGCUGUCAGGAGUCUGGAAUUGCUGUAUAAGAUUUCUUUAGAACUUGACUUAUCUGACGAGAGUCGUUGUGAUAUAUUGGCCAACCUUGGCUUCUAUUAUCUAGAACUAGGCCGCGAUGAAGAUGCUUUGAAUUUUUUAUGUAAAGCUUAUUUCAUGACUGAAGGUAAAAGUGAGAAAGAAUGGUUGUUGUUAAAGUGUCGUGUCUCGUGCAACUUGGCGCGGACGUAUUUCAGUAUGGACAGUUUGGAUCUUGCCGUUGAAAUGAUGAAGAGGUCGAUUGACUUGGCCAAAGAUGUCUAUAUCAAGGAAGAAGACAAAGUUAUGAACAGAUUUUGUUGGCUUGCUCACUUUUACUGCUUUUCGAUGAGAUUUUGGAAACUAGGGGCAGUUGUCGAAGAAGCAGCAGAAUUUUUUUCAAGUUGCGCGCCAGAUAUUGAGAGUGUAAGCAGAGCACGUUGUUUAAACUAUCUAUCGGGUGUAUACGUGUUUGGCAUUAUUGAAUCCACUUUUAAGCCAUGGAAAUACCGGAAGUAUAUGAAUUUGGCGGAAAAUAUUUUGAACAAAUCUGUGAAAAUUUAUGAAGAAGUAUUAGAAGCAGACGUCUUUCCCAGCCCAGAAUACUGUUUUUUACUCGCCUGGUGUGCAAUAUUUAAAUUAGAAGCCGAAAAACCAAUUGAAGCAAGAACACAAUUAGACAAAGCUCUUGAAUAUUGCUUGCGAAAUGGUGACAGGUCAAGCUAUAGCUGGAUAGCUGCCUUUAAGAAACAUUUGUGUGGCAAUUCAAGUUGGUGGCAAUCAUUGUUUUAUCGGAUUCUGAACUUAACAAAGGGACGUGUAACAUUUGCGGAGCAUAUUAACAUAUGUGACGACAUCUUGAGACAUUGUAAUACUGGAUUAAUAUCACCAUCGCGUCAAAUGAUAAACGGGAUCAAGAGAGGAAGAGAUUUUUUUAUUUGGUACAACUAUGCCAUUUUUUCCUUAAUUUUUUACUAUUUUUUUUGUCUUCCUUAA